CCAAGUUGUCUAAGUUAUUUCUUCGAGCACUUCGAGUGCAUAGGCCGAUACACAGUCCGAUUCUUCACCUCACUCGUGCCACAAUGGCUACCAACAGUGGUCGCGGCAAUCCCAUCGACGCCGCCGACGGUCCAAGUAAGACUGGAGAGGGUACUCCUCCUCCCCUAGCUACCAGUACCAAAGGUGCUGUAAAGGAAGCUGCGGGACAGGCAGACGGUGCUGGUGUGCAUGCCGGAGGACAAGAUGCAGGAGUUGUACCCGCGCCCAAGGUAAAGACCGAAAAGGAGCUGGAGAAGGAGCGCAAAAAGGCAGAGAAGGCAGCCAAGUUCGAACAAAAGAAGGCUAAAGCUGCUGCACCCGCUGCUUCCAAUGCCAAGGCCAAGGAGAAGAAGGUAAAGGCACCGAAAGCCGAAGAAGAGCCUCUUCCCCCUUAUGUCGAAGAAACCCCUCUCGGCGAGAAGAAGCGAUUAAGGCCCCUCGAUGACCCCCAACUAAAAGCCUACAACCCCGUCGCUGUCGAGAGCGCCUGGUACGAGUGGUGGGAGAAGUCUGGCUUUUUCAAGCCUGAGUUCACCCCUGAGGGCAAGGUCAAGGAGGCAGGGUCCUUCGUCAUCGUUAUCCCUCCCCCGAACGUGACGGGCGCUUUACACAUGGGCCACGCAUUGGGUAACUCUCUUCAGGAUGUUAUGAUCAGAUGGGCGCGUAUGAGUGGCAAGACUACUCUCUGGCUACCAGGCUGUGAUCACGCCGGUAUCAGCACCCAGAGCGUUGUGGAGAACAUGUUAUGGAGGCGGCAAGGAAAGACACGACACGACCUUGGUCGUAAGAAAUUCAUAGAGACUGUUUGGGAAUGGAAGGAAGACUACCACAAGCGCAUCAAUAAUGCCCAGCGCAAGAUGGGCGGUUCUACUGAUUGGAGUAGGGAGGCAUUCACUAUGGACAAGAACCUAAGUGCUGCCGUGACCGAGACUUUUGUCAAGCUUCAUGAAGAAGGCAUCAUCUAUCGCGCAAACCGCCUUGUGAACUGGUGCACCCAACUCAACACGGCGCUUUCCAACCUCGAGGUGGUCAAUAAGGAGUUAACUGGGCGAACAACACUGGAUGUUCCGGGAUACGACAAGAAGGUUGAAUUUGGUAUCAUUGUCCACUUCAAGUACCCAAUCGAAGGUUCCAACGAGACCAUCGAGGUUGCCACUACCCGUCCCGAGACCAUGCUAGGCGACACAGGCAUUGCCGUCCACCCCCAGGAUGAACGAUAUAAGCACCUUGUCGGCAAGAAUGCCGUUCACCCCUUUAUUGAGGGUCGCCUACUGCCGAUCGUGGCCGAUGACUACGUUGACAAGGAGUUCGGAACCGGUGCCGUAAAGAUCACACCGGCACACGACCCCAACGAUUUCGCAUUAGGCCAGAGGCACAACCUCGAGUUCAUCAACAUCCUAACGGACGAUGGGUUUAUGAAUGAAAACGCCGGGCCGUAUAAGGGCCAGAAGCGAUUCGACGUGAGGUAUACCAUUCAGGAGGCGCUAAAGGAGCGUGGGCUGUAUGUAGACAAGAAGGACAACCCCAUGAAGGUACCCCUCUGCGAAAAGUCCAAGGAUGUCAUUGAGCCCAUUAUGAAACCCCAGUGGUGGAUGAAGAUGAAGGGCCUGGCCGGCGAGGCUAUCAAGGUCGUGAAAGAAGGCAAGAUUAAUAUCAAGCCCGAGACUGCCGAAAGGAGCUACUACAGAUGGAUGGAGGACAUCAACGAUUGGUGUCUCUCGCGUCAACUCUGGUGGGGUCAUCAAUGUCCCGUCUACUUCGCCAACAUUGAGGGCGAGACUGGCGAUCAGGCGGACGACAACUUGUGGUUUUCUGGUCGCACGGAGGAAGAAGCACAAGCAAAGGCCGAAAAAGCUCUACCAGGAAAGAAAUUCACCUUGGAGCGGGAUGAGGAUGUCCUUGAUACGUGGUUUUCUUCCGGACAAUGGCCGUAUUCCACACUUGGCUGGCCGAAUCAGACUCACGACCUACAGAACCUCUACCCGACCAGCAUCCUCGAGACUGGUUGGGAUAUUCUAUUCUUCUGGAUCGCGAGAAUGAUCAUGCUUGGCCUCAAGAUGACUGGGGAAAUUCCGUUCCAUGAGGUGUACUGCCACUCUCUCGUCAGAGAUUCUGACGGAAGAAAGAUGUCCAAAUCUCUAGGUAAUGUCAUCGAUCCUCUCGAUGUCAUUAGCGGAAUUCCCCUUGAACAACUUCACGACAAACUGGCUCUUGGAAACUUACAUCCUAGCGAAGUCGAGAAGGCCAAGAAAUACCAGAAGACAGCCUUCCCAGAUGGCAUACCACAGUGCGGAGCGGAUGCCCUUCGAUUCUGUAUGAUCAACUAUACUACUGGUGGCGGAGACAUCAACUUCGACAUCAAGGUUAUGCACGGCUACAGGAAAUUCUGUAACAAGAUCUACCAAGCUACAAAAUUCGUGCUAGGUAAACUAGACCAGGACUUCGUCCCUCAGAAGACAGAGAAGCUUACCGGCAAGGAAUCUCUUGCCGAGAAGUGGAUCCUUCACAAGAUGAACACAGCUGCCAAGGAAAUCAACGAGUCUAUUGCUGGCCGAGAAUUCAACAAAUCAACGGCGACGGUGUAUCAAUACUGGUAUAGUCAUCUCUGCGAUGUAUACAUUGAGAACUCCAAAGCUCUCAUCCAGGAUGGUACCGAGGACGAGAAGCGCUCAGCUGUUGACACGCUAUACACAGCUCUUGACAACGCGCUGAGACUGAUUCACCCCUUUAUGCCAUUCCUGACGGAAGAAUUAUGGCAACGCCUUCCGCGACGACCUGGUGAUGAGACGCAGUCGAUUAUGCUGGCGAAAUACCCUCUAUAUAAUCCAGAGUUCGAUAACCCUUCAGCCGAGGCUGCUUACGAACUCGUCCUAGGAUGUUCCAGGGGUAUCCGGUCGUUGACAACUGAGUAUGCACUCAAGGACGAAGCUAAAGUCUUCGUCCAAACAUACGAUGAUACAGCCCACCAAACCGCCGUAGAGCAGGUCCAGUCCAUCAAAUCCCUAAGCGGCAAAGGCGUGACCAGCAUAGAAGUUAUCCCGGGCUCGGACGCCCGUCCCGCGGGUUGCGUCGCGUUCCCCGUCUCCAGCGCCGCCGCCGUCUUCCUGCACGUAAAGGGCCGCGUCAACCUCGACGACGAGAUCUCCAAGGCCAACAAGAAGCUCGACAAGACCCGCGCCGCCAUCAACAAGCAGCAGAAGCUCCUCGCCGACCCAGGCUACCAGCAGAAGGUCGCCGCCGCCCUCCAGGAGGCUGACAAGAAAAGGCUUGCGGAUCUUGAGUCCGAGGCGAAUAGCUUCACGCAGACUAUUAGGCAGUUUGAGAGCUUGAAGUUGGAGUAGUGGUGCUGUGCAGAGGUUGUUACCAGGCUGGAAUACCUAAAGGGAUUUCGGAGAUAUAUGAUGACGGAUGGGGAGGGAAGGGGAGAGAUGUCACGAGCUACUCAGAUGAGGUGGGUGGGUUGAUGAAUGAAGAAAUAAAUACCGGAUAGGUACCACCUACCUACCUAAAUAAACAAAUAGAUGAAUGGAUUACGGGUCGAUCGAUAUUCGAGCUUUGGAACCGUUUUGCAAUUGAAUCUGUGAUAUUGAUGGUCGAGUUCUUUGUGUAGGUGUGUACCUAUAUCAGUAGCAUGGGCCUUGAUGCUAGUAACCUUAGAUUUAUGUUGCUUCUACCAUUGCUGCUACUAUUACUGUUACUCUAUUGAAGUAGGACCGUAGCCAUUGCCACCCAAGUACCUAGGUAUCUAGUAGCCCAGGCUCAAGACUCAAGACAGGCGAGCAGAUACACACAUAGGUAGGUACCUAAGGUAGGCACUCGUAACAAACCAUACAAGAUGCGUUAGAUGGAUCUUUAUUGCUGGUAUAGGUAGGUAGGUAUCUCCCAAGUCUUUUACACAACAACCCCU